UUAUGGCUUCUUGGUGGCGCUGUUUAUUUGUAAAACAAGAUGGCUGCGCCCAUGUAGCAAAUUUUAAAACUCGCAUUAAAACUGUUUCACUCUUCAAUCAGAUUGUGAUGGCUUCUAAUUAAGGAACAUGGCUUUGAGAGAGUUUGUCAAGAAACAGACAGAGUUGCUGUCUCUUGAGAGAGAAGCUGAAAUUGCUGAAACAAGUGCGCUAGUGGAAAAUGUCCCCCUGAAGGAACUGCAGAGGCGUGGAGUGUGUCUGCUGAAGCUCCACCCAGCCAGCCAAUCAACAGGGCUGUACGGGAGGACAUUGGUAACCUUCGCACCGAAUAAAGGGCACGGGGAUGGCACACUGCCAACACAUAACAUCAGCUCAGGAGACAUUGUUGGUGUCAGCUCCUCCCAUGGGGGUGGAGCCUCGUCCACAGAUGAGCCAUCGGGCAUUGUUUCAAGAGUCACUCAGUCGUCAGUCACUGUCGCAUUUGAUCACAAGGACACCGAUGGUCCUGUCACCUUCGAGCACGAGGGACUGUACAGGUUGACAAAACUUGCCAACGAUGUCACCUACAGGAGGCUGAAAAGGGCCCUUUCAGAUCUGGAUUCUUACACCGCAGGCAGGGCCAGUCACCUGGUGGAUGUCUUGUUUGGGGAAGCGGACAUCAGCUCUCCGUUGCUGCCGACGAACCUGUCUCAAGAACCUGUGGCGUCGACAGAGCUGCAGUUUUUCAAUGAGAAUCUGGACCAAUCACAGCGGGAGGCUGUGACCUUUGCCCUCUGCCAGCGUGACAUAGCCGUCAUCCACGGACCCCCCGGCACGGGGAAGACAACGACUGUUGUGGAGAUCAUCCGGCAGGCUGUCAAGCACAAACUGAAGGUGUUAGCUUGUGCGCCAUCCAACGUUGCCGUAGACAAUCUGGUGGAGAGACUUGUGGCAGCUAAGGUGCGGGUCGUUCGCCUCGGUCACCCUGCCAGGCUCCUGCAUUCAAUCCAGAGGUACUCACUGGACGCUAUCCUGGCAUCUAGCGAAGAGGCGGGCAUCGUCCGAGAUGUGCGGAAGGAGAUUGAUCAGACGAGGACCCAGCUCUCCAAAUCAAAACAAGGUAGCGAGAAGCGCCGGCUUCGCGACGAAGCCAAGACCUUACGCAAAGAGCUCCGAGAACGGGAGCAGCACGCCAUCCGAGAGAUCCUGCAGAGAGCAGACGUCAUCCUGGCUACCAACACCGGGGCCUCGCCUUCCGGGCCCUUGGGUCAUCUGCCGAAGGACUUCUUUGACCUGGUGGUCAUCGACGAGUGCGCCCAGGCUCUGGAAGCUAGUUGUUGGAUACCGCUCCCAUUGGCUCCGCGCUGCAUCCUAGCCGGAGACCACCAGCAGCUGCCACCGACGAUUCUAUCAGACAAAGCUGCCACGGACGGACUCACGGUCUCUCUCAUGGAACGCGCCAUCCAGCUCCAUGAUGACAAAAUCACCCGCAUGCUAACCACCCAGUACCGCAUGAACAGCGCCAUCAUGCAGUGGAGCUCAGACGCUCUCUAUGACGGAAAGCUCACAGCCGAUGAUUCUGUUGCGAGACACCUCCUCAAAGAUCUUCAUGGAGUUGAUGAAACAGAAGACACCUGCCUACCAUUGCUACUCAUUGACACGGCAGGCUGCGGUCUGGAGGAACUAGACCUGGAGUCAGAGGUGUCUAAAGGCAACGAAGGGGAGGCGGACCUUGUCACUGUGCACGUUGAGCGGCUCCUCGCCAGCGGGGUACCAGCAUCGCAGGUCGCUGUGAUUGCACCCUACAAUUUGCAGGUUGAGCUGCUUCGAUUGCGUCUGAGUGGAAGGCAUCCCCAGCUGGAGAUCAAGUCAGUUGAUGGCUUCCAAGGGAGAGAGAAGGAAGCCGUGGUCAUCUCCUUAGUACGCUCAAACAACAAAGGGGAGGUUGGCUUCCUAGCUGAGGAUCGACGGAUCAACGUGGCGGUCACGCGAGCUCGCCGCCACGUUGCGGUCGUCUGCGACUCAGACACGGUCCGCCAUCAUGGCUUCCUGAGGAACCUUGUGGAGUACAUGGAGCGGAACGGGGAGGUCAGGAGUGCGUUUCAGUAUCAGGAUGAAAUAGAUGUGAGUAGCAGUGAUGUCCCUAGACCUGACUAUCUCAUGUUCCGCCAGAGCAAACCGUCUGUCAGGAAAGACAGGGGGGCUAAACCCAAGCAGUCUCGCCCCAAGGAGAGAUACCACAACAUCCCAGACGCUAAGACAAGGGAAGCGUCAGCAAAGAAGGAGGCUGAGCUCACAGAGCAAGUGCAGAGAUUUGCCGAGGAUCAAACGAGAGACCAUCUGGCUUUUCCCCCAACCCUGAACUCCCACGAUCGCUUAGUUGUUCAUCAGGUUGCCGAAACAUUGGGCCUGCACCAUUCCAGCACAGGGGAUGGUCAAGACAGACAUAUCACCGUCAGCAAACAGCCAAUCAGGACUGGCGUUCCAGAGUUGGAAACCAAUUCUCACAAUGCCCAGGAAAACGCCUCUGCAAGUGCUGCAGAGGAAAGGCUUGCCGAUAUACACAUCGAUACUGUCAUUGAGGAAAUGAGGACAGAAAACCCAAUGGAUGUCAUUGGUGCUACAAGCCUAGAGGAGGCAAACGUACUAUCCCAAGAUGCAGAAGGGAACUUUGAAGAUGACACCACCGACACACUGAACAAUGGAGUGAGAACCGAUGAGGAUCAAAACAGUCAGUUAGAUUCAAUAUCACCCAAGAAAACAGAACCUCAGAAAUCGAACACCACAUCUGGGGGGACGGGUGAGUUUUACAAGUGUCAAUUCUGCAAGAAGAAACUUCCUUCCGGAAGCGUCUUUCUCCACGAGAUCCACUGCGAGAAAAAGAUGGAAGAGAAGCGACGCCUACGGGAGGUCUCUAAGACGAAGAAGAAGAUGGACAAGACGAAGCAACGGAACGCCCUGGAGAACACCACUGAAGAGGAUUUUGAUAAACUGAUUGCCGUAGCAAUGGAGUCUGACAACCGUUGUAACUUUAUCCAGUGCAAGGAGAAGAUCACGCUGACGGGCGUGCACUGCGCGUUCUGCAACCGCCGCUACUGUUUCGGUCACAACAUGCCCGAGGUGCACGGCUGCGGCGAGAUGGCGCGGGCCCACGCCCGGAAAGUGGUGCACAGGGAGAAGGAGGUGAGGGCGGGGUCAGGGGUCAAGGAGAGGAAGGUGGACCCAACCCGCAGGGCACACCUGGAGAGGAAACUGGAGAAGAAACGGGGCGAGAUGGAGGAGAAGAGAACUAAGAAGUCGUCCAAGAAGAAGUGAAUCUUAGGUUGACUAAAGAAAUGGACUGGUGUGCAGUGUUGAAGUUGGGUCACUUGAGUCCGAGUCUCGAGUCACUUGGGUCAAAUCCGAGUCCAAAUCACAAAUCAUUUGAUUGAAGUCUGACUUAUGAUGGUCGAGGCUGAGUGCGCGUCUUUUGGUGAUGUGACUGGAGUCAUGUCCGAGUCACAGAAAUUGCAACUUGAAACGGACUCGAACCCGAGUCCUGGACUUGGGUCCUACAAGACUGCUGCUAUGGGAUAUGAACCUGGAUUAUGUAGUGCGAAUUGACGACUAUAAAAAAGAUAUAAUUUUAAAAAAAAUGAUUUGUUGGCAGACAAUUUUGAUAUUUAUUUUAAACUAUCAGGUUUUAAUGCCAAACUAACAUGUUCAAACUUGAUUGGAUUCAAUUGACAUAAAUGGGUUCAUGUAAAAAAAAAAUAGUUGUUAAGUAAAAAUCUUUAAACUGUUAAUUAGCAAGUUUCAUACCGGUAUUUUACUAUACAUACACUGGUUUUGAAAAGUCUUCCAAGGGAAAUCCGCUCAGCACAAACACUUCAAGGGUUCAAGAACUGUCUCAAGACGUUCUGUUCAAUUAUUAACUGCUUCCACCAAUUACGAGUCUUUGCUUCUGCAACUUACUUUGCCGUCAAGCGCUGUGAUACCUUAUGUGUCAGAGAGCUCUAAAAAUGCUUAUACAUGUACUUAUUAUUAUUAGCUUCCUCGAUUUCAUGAACCCACAAGAGUUUGAAAGUGUUUUUGUUGCUAUAAAAAGGACUCCUUCAACAAAAUCUAGUACAAGUAUUUCAUAAUUCGUGUGAAAAGUUGGUGUAAACUAAAAUGUAAGAGUUUAUUUCCAAAACGCGACAUACAUGUAUCCGAAUAAAAAAGUGACGAUGUUGCAAGGUUAUGAAACUUAAAAGAACAGCGGUCUUUAAACUUCCAUUUUUUGCCUUAUUGUAUUCCCGAGUUGCGUUUAAGUAGAUAACAGCCGUCAAAAUUGCCUUUGGGCAGCCAGGAGAUAAAAUGGAUCAAAGUGGCGUCACAUCGUGUUUUGGGAAUAAAAACUUCAAUUGUUGAAACUUUUGUAACAUGGCCAAACUUCUUGCGGGAUGAUAGCUGAACUGUUCAUAUUUUCUGGAGUCCGGUCACAAAUGUACAAUUCAACUACAUGUAUUGAUAAACAGAACAUAAACAACAUUCCUGAAAAAAUUGUUUGUCUCCAAAUGGUUGUUUUAUUUUUUUUUCAAAAUGCUGACUGUACACAUACCAAGACAACUACACAUUCAAUUUAUUUACAAAUUACUAGCAACUAACAAAAACAAACAACUUUAUAUUAAAAAAAAAAAAAAAAAAA